AUGCCAAAAGACAACGAUGUCCCGCAACCGGGCCCAGCACGCCUCGCAAAGGGCGCAGGGCCUGACGAGUGGCUGGAGCAGGCCAAACUAUGCAGAUACCUGCCCGAAGCUGAUAUGAAGCGGCUCUGUGAGAUCGUCAAGGAGUGCCUGAUGGAAGAAUCCAAUAUCCAGCCCGUGCGAACACCCGUCACGGUAUGUGGCGAUAUCCACGGCCAAUUCUACGAUCUGCUAGAGCUCUUCCGUGUAGCGGGUGGCAUGCCCAACGACGCUCCCGCCGCACCACUCUCCCCACCCGUCACCCUACCGAGCACUAUUAACCCGGCCGACUUGGAGCCGCCAACCAGUAUAACGGAUCCCAAGGUCAAGCGCAAGAUGAAACGUAGAUUCCAGCGCGACCCCAACUACAUUGGCCCUACCAGCCCCCCUGGGGGUGACGGUGAGGACGAGGGUGAGGAGGAUGAGGAAGAAGAGCGAGGUCGAAGUAGGAGUGUGCACGACAGGAGGAGUACUGGAUCUGCGUCUGAUGCAGGAUCGACAAAGAAUACCGUAGGAGGCAAUGGCCAGCAAAACUUCAUCUUCUUGGGCGAUUUCGUCGAUCGAGGGUACUUCAGCUUGGAAACCUUCACGCUUCUCAUGUGCUUGAAAGCAAAAUUCCCUGACCGAGUCACGCUUGUUCGAGGAAACCACGAGUCGCGGCAAAUCACCCAAGUAUAUGGCUUCUAUGAGGAAUGCCAAACAAAAUACGGAAAUGCUUCCGUAUGGAAAGCUUGCUGUCAGGUAUUCGACUUCCUUGCACUGGCAGCCAUUGUUGAUGGCAAGGUGCUUUGUGUUCAUGGUGGACUGAGCCCCGAGAUCCGUACCUUGGACCAAAUCCGCGUUGUGGCACGAGCCCAGGAGAUUCCCCACGAGGGAGCCUUUUGCGAUUUGGUGUGGAGUGAUCCAGAAGACGUGGAUACAUGGGCCGUGUCGCCUCGAGGCGCAGGCUGGCUAUUCGGCGACAAAGUAUCAUCCGAGUUCAACCAUGUGAACGGUCUACAACUUAUUGCACGUGCCCAUCAAUUAGUCAACGAAGGCUACAAAUAUCAUUUCGAGGACAAAGACGUCGUCACCGUCUGGUCUGCACCCAACUACUGCUAUCGUUGUGGAAACGUAGCUUCCAUUAUGAAUCUUGGAGAAGACCUUAAGCCAGAGUUCCAAAUAUUCUCUGCGGUACCGGAUCAUAAGCGCGCUGUUCCUGCCGGUCGUGGGGGGCGGGGUGAGUACUUCUUGUAA